AUGAGACGAAAGAACAAAACAGAAGUGUGGGAAUUCAUACUACUAGGCUUUUCUGAUCAUCCCGGGCUGGAACCCUUACUCUUUACAAUUGUCUUCUUUAUAUACGUGGUAACCUUGUUGACUAACAUGGUCAUCCUUGUCCUAGCUAUAGCAGAUCCCCAUUUGCACACUCCCAUGUACUUUUUCCUUCGACAUCUGGCAUUUCUGAAUCUUUGCUACACCACUACCGUGGUCCCCAAAAUGUUGUCCAACCUGAUAUCCACCAAGAAAACGAUAUCUUAUCAUUUGUGCAUAGCACAAACAUAUAUAUCCCUCUUUCUGGGAGCAGCAGAAUGUGUCCUUCUGGCUGUAAUGGCUUUUGAUCGCUAUGUAGCAGUGUGUCACCCCCUGCGCUACACCACAAUAAUGAACUACCACAUCUGUGUGAAGAUUGCAGCUGUGUCUUGGACAAUCAGCUUUCUAGUUUCUGUUGUUCCACUCUUCUUAACCUUGCCCCCUCUUUGUGAACCAUAUGUCAUUAACCAUAUUUUUUGUGAGGCGCCUGUCCUGCUGCACAUGAUUUGUACUGAUACAUCUCUAAAUGAACUCCUGAUGUUAAUAGGAGGAGCAGGCACAUUAAUGCUGCCCUUUGUGUUAGUUCUGGUUUCCUAUGGCUACAUCAUUGGUGCUAUCAUCAGAAUACGCAGCACUGAAGGCAGGCGCAAAGCCUUUUCCACAUGCUCUUCUCAUCUCACAGUGGUAACAAUCUAUUACGGGACAGGGAUGUUUAUGUACAUGAGGCCCAAAUCCAGUUACUCACCUGAGAACGAUAAACUGAUUUCUGUAUUUUAUGCAGUUAUCAAUCCUAUGCUGAACCCUAUCAUAUAUAGCUUCAGAAAUAAGGAAUUCAAGGCAUCAUUAAUGAGAAACUUUAGAUGGAACACUUUGUCCAAGGCUCACUAG